AUGGCGCCAAAAAUUGCAAUCAUCUUUUACACAUUAUACGGACACAGCGAAAUUAUGGCAAAAGCUGUUCUUGACGGGAUUGUUAAAGCUGGCGGUUGCGCUGAUAUCUAUCAAAUCCCAGAAACACUAUCAGACCAAGUAUUGAAAAUGAUGAAAGCUAAGCCAAAAUCUGAUGUGCCAAUUCUCAACGAUGUUAGCAUAUUGAAAAAGUAUGAUGGGUUUUUAUUUGGAAUUCCAACAAGAUAUGGAAAUUUUCCUGCUCAAUGGAAAACUUUUUGGGAUAGAACUGGAGGGCUCUGGAAAAAUGGAGAGUUAUUUGGUAAAUUUGCUGGGGUUUUUGUUUCAACAGGCACGCCUGGCGGUGGUCAAGAAGUUACUGUAUUGAAUGCUUUGUCAACGUUGUGCCACCAUGGAAUAAUUUUUGUGCCUUUAGGAUACAAGAACACUUUUCCAUUAGUCACAAACUUGAAUGAAGUCCAUGGAGGCUCUCCCUGGGGCGCUGGAACGUUCGCAGGUCCUGAUGGCUCAAGAAAACCUACAAAUUUGGAAUUAGAAAUGGCGUCAAUUCAAGGAGAGUCAUUUUAUAAUCUUCUUGCGGGUCGUUUUCUUAACAAUGAUAGUUGA